UGGAGUCCGGAAAUACUAUACUCCCGUUUUUUUCUUUGCCAGAAAGAGUGAAAUUCAUGACAUGAAAGUUUAGAACUUUUCAGGUGGUCUUCAUUCAAAGAGGGGUUGGACCGUUUUUCUUCUUCUCUUUAUUUUUUUUGUUAUAAGUUUAUUUUGCAUCUCUUCCCCCACUUUCUAUCUUUCCAGUUCAUGGAUCCCAAGGGCUCUAACUCAAAAAACCCACAUGAGCUACCCACUUUCUUUACCCUUACGCACACCCACACUUCUCCUUCUCCUUCUCCUCAUACUCCUCCACAACCCCAUCAUCAACAACCGCAACACCUCCAUAACCAAAACCAACUACAACCCAACAUGGGUGAGAAUAAAGCAGCAGAAAUCAAAGACUUUCAGAUUGUAGUAGCUGACAAAGAAGAGCAAAAGAAACAGUUAGCUCCAAAAAGAAGCUCAAACAAAGACAGACACACAAAAGUUGAAGGUAGAGGUAGAAGGAUAAGGAUGCCAGCUCUUUGUGCAGCAAGAAUCUUUCAAUUAACAAGAGAAUUGGGUCACAAAUCUGAUGGUGAGACAAUACAGUGGCUUCUACAACAAGCUGAACCAUCUAUAAUUGCAGCAACUGGGACUGGUACAAUACCUGCAUCAGCUUUGGCAGCUGCUGGUGGUGCAAUUUCACAACAAGGAGCUUCUCUUUCAGCUGGUUUGCAUCAAAAGAUUGAUGAUAUAGGUGAGUCCAGUAGUAGGAGGACCAGUUGGGCAAUGUUAGGUGGCAAUUUAGGGAGACCCCAUCAAGUUACAAGUGCAGGAUUAUGGCCCCCAGUUGGAGGUUAUGGGUUCCAGUCAUCAUCUAAUACCACUGGUCCAUCAACAACAAAUAUAGUAAGUGAAGGUGGUGGUGGCUCGAGUUAUUUGCAAAAAAAUGGAUUUUCAGGGUUUGACAUGCCAGGAAACAAUAUUGGGCCUAUGAGUCUUACUUCAAUUUUAGGUGUGGGUAGCCAGCAGUUACCAGGAUUGGAGCUUGGGUUGUCACAAGAUGGGCAUAUUGGGGUUUUGAGCCCACAAGCUUUGAGUCAGAUUUAUCAGCAGAUGGGGCAGGCUAGGGUGCAGCAGCACCAGCAGCAAAACCCUUCUAAAGAUGAUUCACAAGGAUCAGGGCAGUAAUUAGUAGAUGAAGGAAAUAGGCAUUUUGUUGAUGUUGAAAGAGAGGCUGAGUGAUUUUUUGUUAACGGUUUUUCUUGUGUUGUACAAUUGAUAAAAUAAAAAGGUGAGAGAAAAAAGAAGAAGAGAGGGAGAUACUUUGGGAGAAUUCAAUAGGGACUGGAUCUGGUUUGCCGCUCACUUCUUCUCCUCUGCCUCACUCAGGUUUUCAUACACAGAUGGGAUUGUGCACAGCCAAAUAGCUUGGUUUUGGGCUUAACUUCGUAUUUGAUUCAGAGUGAAGGUAUGAGAGAAGGAAGGCUUGAAAGGUGGCAUCAGAGUUGCCAUUUUUAAUUGCCAUCAAGUGGAGGUUGAAGAUAACGAGCAACCGUGUCAUUUGACUUUUAUUGUUUUUACUUGACGUUGACCAAAAUGAUGUCGUUUUGAACCAAAACACGUCAUUCUGGUCAACUUAACCAAAACGUACCAUUUUAUUUAAAUAAAAUGACGUUGUUUUAGUGUUUUAACUUGAAUUAGGUCAUUAAUUUUCUUUUUAAUUUCAGCCCCUAAUCCUCUAAUUUUUUCAAUUAGGUCUUUAAUUGAAUUUUGAUUUCAAUAAUCAAUUAAAUUUCACCCUUGUAAAGCUUUAAAAAUACCCCCUAAUUUAAGCACAUUUUCCAACUUGGUCCUUGGUCGUGUAUUUUUAAUUUCAUCCCUAAUUGAUCUUCAAACUUCUAAUUUUUUCAAUUUGACCCUUGUUUUCAUUGAAAUAGUUCCCUGAAUUUGUGCGUCUUUUGCAAAAAGGUUUGUGGUUCUGAAUUUCUUUAAGUGGACCCUUAAUUUACCCCCUAAACUUUGAUUUUAUUUCAAUUGUCUCUUAUUUCACCCAAUUGAGUUUGGAAAAAUUAAAUAUGGUCUUUUAAAAUUAUAAUCUUCUCAAUUAAGCUCAAAUUAAGCUUCCAAACUUAUUUUUUUCACUAAUUAAAUCCCUAAUAAAAUUAAUUCAUUCCACCUAAUUAAAUUUUUUAAUUUGAUCCAAAUUAAUACUUAAACUUAAUGAAACCUUUAAUUGGGGCCACGAUUAAAUCAAAUUAGCCUAUUAAAAAUAUAAUUAAGUCUUCAUACUUAAUUUUUAUGCAGAUUCGUUCAAUUAUAAUUUAAUUUGACAUUGAAUUUGCAUUAUCUUUUCAGUCUUGGGUACAAUUGGGUACAAUUGGGCUCUCAAUUUUGUUCGAAACUUCAGCUUAGUUCCUCCAUGCAUUUGAAACCCUUCUCAGUCUGUUUUUGACAAGUUGCUAGUUUUUAUUUAUUUUUUAUUAUUUUGAAUUUAAAAAAGAAGAUAAUUUUAAAAAAAAACCUGAAAAUUGAGUUAUGACAGUCCAUGCAAGCAGCCUUGCAAUGAUGCAAUUAAGAAAGUCUCGCUUCAACUGUUAUUUGUGUUUUCUCCUCUAAACAAACCUGAAAACCCUGCUUCAAUGGAUGAUGCGUCAAAUUACCAGUCAUAACUACAUAGCAGCACCAUUAUUUUCCCUAUCACUUUGCAACAUUGUUGACCUAUGUAAGCCAUCCUUUUCCAUGUAAGAGAACAUCUUGCAAAUGCAAAAUAAGAUUCUCAGCAGAUGUUAAUGUAGAAAAAGCUACUGAAGCUAUAUUUGUCA